AUGAAUCAGAGAAAGCAGUCUUGCUUCCCCACAUCCCCAGUAAGCCGGUCAUCCUCGUUCUCCAGGCAGCCCCCCCGUGUCCUCAUUGUGGACACAUCACCGCCCUGGUGGUCAGAGACACGCUCUGUCAUCUGUGAGGCACUGGAUAACUUCUUGGCCCUGGCUAGCAGUCUGGAGGGGCCCAGUCGCCUGCCCCUCCUUAGCCUCUAUGCUGUCAGCUUGCAGCAGGAAUGCCUUUUGCCAUUUGUGCAGGUCAAAGGGAACUUCGUGCGCCUGCAGUCUUGUGUGGAGGAACUGCGCUCCCUGCCCAAAGAGGGGUGCACCGGUCCUCGGGGAGAUCUCCUAAAACAAGCGGUGCUGGACGGCCUGCAGCAGUUUAAGCAGUUUGUGCGUCACGCCGCAGCCACGAGUAACGUUAACAGUCACUCUGUGGAGGUGACCCUGUUGACCGGUCGGCCAGGCAGAGCAGUGGUCAGGCAGCUAGAGGAAAGGCUAAAGGACUCUGACCUGGUGAGUCUCAGACGACUGCUAGUGGUCCAUAUUGCCGUGGAGCAGAACUAUCCAGAAAGGGAGUCAGCCUGGAGUCAAGAGGGUCUCUCCACUGGAGGGACAGAUGACCCAGAGGAGAACCUAAUGUUGCACACAGUCGUGGACUUGCAGGUGGUAGAGAACUGCGUGACUGCUGUGGAGAAUGUUUUGAAGAUGUGGCUUCAUGAUCAAGGUGGGGACAGAGAGCACCUCCACCUCCUGCUCCCUCCAUCUCUCCAGGAUUUUGGACCAGAUCCAAACCCUGGACGCAGACCCAUCCCUGUCUGUCUGAAGUGUGACAUGCAGGAGAGACUCCUAAGCCCCGCUCUCCUAUCCGGCAUUCCAGUUCUUGGUACCAAAACGGAGAGUUUGUGGGAUUUCCAUCCUUCCGUCACGAGCUUGACCAAUCAGAGCCCUUCGCCACAGCGUCUCAGAGUCAUCAAGGCUCUGCGUGCAGAGGGUGUGUGUCAGUCCGUGCUCUACGGCCUGCCUUUGGUCAUCCGAUCCACGACCUGCUGGCAGCUGGACUGGGACGAGUUAGAAACCAAUCAUCAAACCUUCCAUGCUCUCUGCUACACACUCAGAGCCCGUGACUGGUUCCUGUUGGUGCGCUCUGAGCCAGACUCGGGUUGUAGCACUGGGGUGUUCUCAUAUUACCUCCUCCAGUCCUCUUCCUCGCUCUCUCUGCUCCUCAAACCUGUGCUCACACGUGAACUCCUGCUGUCCUCCUCCACGCCUGUCUCCAACGAGGACCCUCCAGCCAGCGCUCUCACAAAAGUCCAGAGUUCCCUGGACCAGUUAGAAGAGGACCCCAUGUUUAACCCACUGUGUCUGAGCACUAACCUGUACCGUCACCUAAAGAUGAGAGGCCUAGCUCAACGACGUGGUCACCCUUACGGUCAAAACAACCGGACUCAAAAUCAGAGUCGCCCUCAGCGCAGGGACUCCCUCCAGCCACCAGAGGGCUCUACUUCUCGUCAGUCUCAGGGUAGAGUCAGGGCCACCGUGGCCCCGCUCCCCUCCGCCGCUGCAACCAGACUGUCUCGCCGCCCUCUGACCCUGAGCCGUUCCCGCCCACACGGCCCCUCCCCUGUCCUUGACGACACGGACGACUGCCACAGUGACGUGCAGUUCUCGCCUGUGUGA